UAAGGUCACCGGAAGUAGUUCUUUCCUAUUACCUAAAUGUUGCUAGCCUCAGACUGCAAAGACCGGACUCAAUUAUGUUUUGUGUUAUCUGUCAAUUAUUUUCAUAUAGAAAGCACAGCACUAUUUAACCUCAAUUUGUUUCUACCAAGGACUCUAAAUCGAAAGAGAGACUGCACAACAUCAGUCAAAGUUUUGAUAUGAAAGUUGAACAAAGAAAGUCAGACUUUAUGGCUUUGGGAUAUCCUGAAGUGGAAGACAUUGGUGAAGAGAGCCCUAUCACAACUGGCAAUGAAGACACUCCGACCUCUGCUUUAAGUCCUACUUUGUGCAAGGAGAACAAGUCAUCUUCCACUGACCAGGAUUUUUUUGAUUCCAUGUCUGUGUGCAUUAAGGAGGAAGUCUGUGACCCUGAAUACGAAUCUGUUAAAGAGGCCAGAGACCCUGUGUUUCCGUCUGUUAAAGAAGAAGUCUGCGACUCACCAUCUGUAGUCAUUAAAGAGGAGGGCUACGAUUUUGAAUCUAUCCACAUUAAAACGAUAGAAAGUGAAGGUGAGGACUUCUUGGAAGAACCUCCACAGGAAACGGAUCAGGAAUCCACUCAGAGGACCUUUGGCUCUCCUUCAUUUCAAGAGUCCCUGGAGGAGGAAGAUGAUGACAUACUUGAGGAGGAAGACAGAGACCAAGAGAAAAAGCCAGUUUCACGUACUUCAGUUGAGCCAGUAAUAAUGAAAAUGACCUGGAAAGAUGCUGUUGAAAAUGUCCAGAGGAUUCAGAUUAAAGUCCCUCCCUAUAGCUGUCCUGAGAUUCGCAAUGCAUUUAUUAACUCAGGAGUCCAAAAACAGAGUGUUUGUUCAACAAAUAUUGAGGAUAGCUUCAGCAUGGCUAGUAACAUAGUGACCGAGUCAUCGGCCAUAAAAACACAUCAUGGACUGAACACCAAAAACAGACCUUUCAACUGUGCUGAAUGUGGCAAAAAGUUCAUAAGAAAACACCACCUGCAACGCCACAAGACAAUCCACAGUGGAGAGAAACCCUACUGUUGUGCUGACUGUGGGGAAAGAUUCAUAAGGAAAUAUCACCUUCAACACCACCAAAGGAUUCACACUGGAGAGAAGCCAUAUUCUUGUCCAGAAUGUGGAAAAAGAUUUGUUUUUAAAAGUGAUCUUCAAAAUCAUGGCAGAGUUCAUACUGGAGAAAAGCCAUAUUCCUGUGGCAGGUGUGGAAAAUUGUUUGCGAAUAAGAGUAACCUUCAGAAACAUGAACGCGUUCACACAGGAGUGAAGCCCUAUUGUUGUACCCAGUGUGGAAGCAGGUUUGCACAGAAAAGUGACCUUCAGAAACACAGAAGGAUUCACACUGGAGAGAAGCCGUACUGCUGCAAUGAAUGUGGAAAGACGUUUAACCGUAGAGCUAACCUCCAUCUGCAUAAACGCACUCACACUGGAGAGAAGCCAUAUUGUUGUCUUGAAUGUGGAAAGAUGUUUGCACAUAAAAGUUACCUUCAAAAACAUGGAAAAGUUCACACUGGAGAAAAACCAUUCUCUUGUGCGGAAUGUGGAAGGAGAUUUUCUCGGAAAGAUGGCCUCCAGCAACAUCGUAGACUUCAUGCUCAUGCUGAGUUUCACACAUCCUGAUGUUGGAUCUUUGAAUCUUAGGCAAGAAUGUUUGCAACUGAAUAUUGUUUUUUUAAAAAAAAUUUACACAAAAAUUAUGCAUCAUCUAGAUUUCUAGAAGACACAAGUUUGUACAUUCAAAAAUAAGUCUUUUGGGUGCUGCAUUGAAAAUUUGUAAUACAUCCACUCCACUGCUUGCUUCAGAAAUCAGAUUAUGGUUAGUUUACUCUGGUUUAAACAAGAGCUGUCUGGUUACUAAAGAGGGAUAAUUUAAUGUAAUACUCUACCAGUUGUGGCUUCAUAUUCCCAAGACUUAUCAUUGGUUACUGUAGACAUUGGUUUCUUCCUCAGAUAUCCUUUAUCUAAUCAUUCAAAUGUAACAAAUUCGCAGUCCUGCCAAAUUUGAGAUUCGAGGAAAACCUCAAAUGAUCAGGAGCGUCAGCUAAUACCAAGAUGACUGAACUAACUUCAGAAAUGCAAAAAUGAUUGUCUGGAAAACUGCAAUUUUUUUUUUUUUAAUAUUACAUUAGUUUUCCUUGAAAGCCUCAACCACUUUUAACAGUUUGCCUUUAAAAAAUUGUUUAAAAAGGGAAGGCAUGCCAAGGCAAAAGAAUGAAGAUUGUUGAAAGUUGUUAAUGAAAAAUUAAAUUUAAUAGAUAAGCAAAGAAUGACAGAAUUGUAGCAGUGUUGAUGAAGAUUAUUUGCAGUCUUGGAAGAAUCAGUUUUCAAUAUAAAGUUUCUGCUGCGGUCAAACAGAACACAUUCAUAAGAUUAUUAGACUCAAAUAGUACGUUCCUAGGAUUAAAAAUAAAUAUUUAGUUAUAACUAAAUCACUGGGUU